CUAUAAAAAUGACGCGACGUGGAGUCUCACCACUUCCCCGAGAACUCGCCACACACGCACUACAGGAUGAAGCUGACGCUGACGGUGGCGUUGCUGGCCAGCCUGCUGCUGCUGCUGCCGGCCAGCGGCCAGUACCGCCGCGGUCGCUCCUACAGCAGAGGUGGCGGCCGCGGCCGCGGUCUCCGCCGCCUGGCUGCGGCCGGUCUCGUCUUCGGCGCCGGCACACUCUUCGGAGCCGCACUGGCUCGCGGCAGACGCGACGUCUCCGAGAAUGAGGAGAUCGCGGAGGAGAUGGAGCUGUUCAACAUGAUCAACCGGAUGGACACGGAGCGCUGCAUGGAGAAGUGGGUGUGCGACAUGAUGGCCCGCAAGGAGGACCAGCUGGCUGAGGAGGAGCGGGACAUCGCCGACCUCCUCAUGGAGGACGCGCUGGCGGGCCGGGCGGGUGAGCCCGCUGCGUACCUGGGCUACCUGGACUACGGUGGCUAA